AUGCAGAGAUGGUCCACAAGGUGGAAAACGAAAAGGUGGCUCCGGGACUCCACUGUAACCACACUCAUCACUUUUACUUUCCUUCUCCAGGCUGCAGAGGUCAGAGGAGCUGAACCAGUUGAUGUGCUAAAAGCAUUAGAAUUUCACAAAUCACCAGAAGGAAUAUCAAGAACAACAGGAUUUUGCACAAACAGAAGAGAUUCAAAAGGAUCAGAUGUUGCUUACAGAGUUUCAAAACAUGCGCAAGUCAGUGCCCCAACAAAGCAACUGUACCCAGGUGGAAACUUUCCUCAAGACUUUUCAAUAUUAAUUACAGUAAAACCUAAAAAGGGGAUCCAGUCCUUCCUUUUAUCUGUCUACAAUGAACAGGGUAUUCAGCAAAUAGGUGUGGAAGUUGGUAGAUCCCCUGUCUUCCUGUUUGAAGAUCAGUAUGGAAAACCUGCCCCAGAAGAUUAUCCUCUUUUUAGGACAGUCAACAUUGCUGAUGGAAAGUGGCAUCGGGUAGCUAUCAGUGUGGAGAAGAAAAGUGUUACCAUGAUUGUUGACUGUAAAAAGAAAACCACAAAAGCACUCGACAGGAAUGACAGAGCAAUUGUUGACACCAACGGCAUCACCGUCUUUGGAACCAGGAUUCUAGAUGAAGAAGUUUUUGAGGGUGAUAUCCAGCAGCUGUUGAUUGUAGCCGAUCCCAGAGCAGCGUAUGACUAUUGUGAGCAUUAUAGCCCAGACUGUGAUUCCCCUGUCCCCAAUGCUCCUCAAGCUCAAGAACCUCAAGUUGAUGAGAAAAAGAAAGCCAAAGCCAAAAAGAAGAAGAGGACAGUGGCCACCAACUCAAAGAACAAACCCACAAAGGCCACAACAAAAAAAUCUGAAAAAUUUGCAUCCAAGAAGAAGAAAAGUUACCAGGCAGCAGCAAAAGGCAAACUAGGGGUAAAGGCCAAUAUUGUUGAUGAAUUUCAAGAAGAGUAUAGCGUGACUGAAACUGACUAUGGGAUUUCAGAGGGUUCCCAGACUGAGGCUCCCAGGCAAACAACUGAAGCUAAUGAGCAUAAUCCUGUUGAAGAAGUAUUUGCUGAAGAAUACCUAACUGGAGAGGAUUAUGAUUCAGAACAUAAAAAAACUGAGAAUACUGAAUAUGGAAGCAGAGGAGUAGACCUCAGUGAAUCUGAUCUUCUGGUAGAUGGAGAAUUAGGCGAAUAUGAUUUUUAUGAAUAUAAAGAAUAUGAAGAGAAACCAACCAAUCCCACUAAUGAGGAGUUUGGUCCAGGUGUUCCAGCAGAGACUGAUAUCACAGAAACAAGCGUGACUGGGCAUGGUGCUUAUGGAGAAAAAGGACAGAAGGGAGAACCAGCUGUGGUCGAACCUGGGAUGCUUGUUGAAGGACCAGCAGGACCAGCAGGACCUCCAGGUCUUACAGGUCCCCCAGGUUUACAGGGUCCCACUGGUCCUCCGGGUGACCCUGGUGAGAGGGGCCCAUCAGGGCGUUCUGGCCUUCCAGGUGCUGAUGGUUUACCUGGUCCCCCAGGUACCAUGUUAAUGUUGCCGUUCCGCUUUGGUGGAGAUGGUGAGAAGGGCCCAACAAUCUCAGCUCAAGAAGCUCAAGCCCAAGCUAUUCUUCAGCAGGCGAGGAUCGCUAUGAGAGGGCCACCUGGUCCCAUGGGACUCACUGGAAGGCCAGGUCCUGUGGGCGGGCCUGGCUCACAAGGUAUUAAAGGAGAAAGUGGCGACCCAGGUCCCCAGGGUCCUCGAGGUAUUCAAGGUUCCAUUGGUCCAAGUGGGAAACCUGGCAAAAGAGGUCGUCCAGGAGCUGAUGGCGCUAGAGGAAUGCCAGGAGAACCUGGUUCAAAGGGUGAUAGAGGGUUUGAUGGUCUUCCUGGUCUACCUGGUGAUAAAGGUCACAGGGGAGAUCGUGGCCCACAAGGACCUCCUGGUGCACCCGGUGAAGAUGGAACAAGAGGAGAAGAUGGAGAAGUUGGACCCAGAGGUCUCCCAGGUGAAGCUGGUCCAAGAGGACUACUGGGCCCCAGGGGCACACCCGGUCCCCCAGGACAACCUGGUGUUGCAGGUGUUGAUGGCCCCCCAGGUCCAAAAGGAAACUUGGGUCCUCAAGGGGAACCAGGACCUCCUGGUCAACAAGGAAUCCCAGGUCCACAAGGGCUUCCUGGUCCACAAGGUCCUAUUGGAGCUCCUGGUGAAAAAGGACCACAGGGCAAGCCUGGCCUUCCGGGACUUGCUGGUUCUGAUGGGCCUUCUGGUCAUCCUGGCAAAGAGGGUCAGUCUGGAGAGAAAGGUGCUUUGGGGCCUCCAGGUCCUCAGGGUCCAAUUGGCUAUCCUGGUCCUCGUGGUGUGAAGGGAGCUGAUGGUGUCCGUGGUCUGAAGGGCUCCAAAGGUGAAAAGGGUGAAGAUGGUUUCCCAGGAUUUAAAGGUGACAUGGGUCUUAAAGGUGACAGAGGUGAAGUUGGUCCACUGGGUCCACGAGGAGAAGAUGGCCCUGAAGGUCCAAAAGGUCGAGCAGGUCCAACAGGGGACCCAGGUGGUGCUGGGCAGGCUGGUGAAAAGGGUAAACUUGGGGUUCCAGGACUGCCAGGAUAUCCAGGAAGACAAGGUCCAAAGGGCUCCACUGGUUUCCCAGGAUUCCCAGGUGCCAAUGGAGAGAAAGGUGCAAGGGGUUUACAUGGCAAACCAGGUCCCAGGGGACAGCGAGGACCAACGGGUCCACGGGGAUCAAGAGGCCCACGAGGUCCCACAGGAAAACCAGGCCCUAAGGGCACUGCAGGCAGCGAUGGCCCUCCUGGCCCACCAGGUGAAAGGGGACCACAAGGGCCUCAAGGACCUGUUGGAUUCCCUGGACCAAAGGGACCUCCUGGGCCACCUGGGAAAGAUGGCUUGCCGGGGCACCCAGGACAGCGGGGUGAGACUGGUUUUCAAGGCAAAACUGGACCCCCAGGCCCUGGUGGUGUUGUUGGACCCCAGGGUCCUACUGGUGAGACUGGCCCAAUUGGUGAAAGAGGUCACCCUGGUCCUCCAGGCCCGCCAGGUGAACAAGGCCUCCCAGGCGCUGCAGGAAAAGAAGGUGCUAAGGGUGACCCAGGCCCUCAAGGUAUCUCUGGAAAAGAUGGACCGCCAGGUCUUCGUGGUUUCCCAGGAGAAAGAGGCCUUCCAGGAGCGCAGGGUCCAGCUGGUUUGAAAGGAGGAGAAGGCCCACAAGGCCCACCUGGCCCAGUUGGUUCUCCAGGUGAACGUGGAUCGGCAGGUACUGCUGGCCCUAUUGGUCUACCAGGCCGUCCAGGUCCUCAAGGUCCUCCAGGCCCAGCGGGAGAGAAGGGUGCUCCGGGUGAAAAAGGUCCUCAAGGUCCAGCUGGACGAGAUGGAGUACAGGGUCCUGUAGGUCUUCCAGGUCCUGCUGGUCCUGGUGGCUCUCCUGGAGAAGAUGGUGACAAGGGUGAAAUUGGUGAACCAGGUCAGAAAGGCAGUAAGGGUGACAAGGGAGAAAAUGGUCCUCCGGGUCCACCAGGUCUUCAAGGUCCUGUUGGUGCCCCUGGUAUAGCUGGAGGUGAUGGAGAGCCAGGCCCAAGAGGUCAGCAAGGAAUGUUUGGGCAGAAAGGCGAUGAAGGUCCACGAGGAUUCCCUGGUCCUCCAGGUCCCAUUGGUCUUCAGGGUCUGCCUGGCCCUCCAGGUGAAAAGGGUGAGAACGGUGAUGUUGGUCCAAUGGGUCCACCUGGUCCUCCAGGUCCAAGAGGUCCCCAGGGUCCUAACGGAGCUGAUGGUCCUCAAGGUCCCCCAGGCUCUAUUGGCUCUGUUGGAGGUGUUGGUGACAAGGGUGAGCCUGGGGAAGCUGGUAACCCUGGACCUCCUGGAGAAUCUGGCCCAGGCGGACCAAAAGGUGAAAGAGGAGAAAAAGGUGAGGCUGGUCCACCUGGAGCUGCUGGACCUCCAGGUGCCAAAGGACCUCCAGGUGAUGAUGGGCCUAAGGGUAAUCCAGGCCCUGUUGGUUUCCCCGGAGAUCCUGGUCCCCCUGGUGAACCUGGCCCUGCUGGUCAAGAUGGUACUGGUGGUGAGAAAGGAGAAGAUGGUGAUCCUGGUCAACCUGGUCCACCAGGUCCUUCAGGGGAAGCUGGCCCACCUGGUCCUCCUGGGAAGAGAGGCCCUCCUGGAGCAGCUGGUGCUGAGGGCAGACAAGGUGAAAAAGGUGCAAAGGGUGAACCUGGUUCAGAAGGUGCACCUGGAAAAACAGGACCAGUUGGUCCUCAGGGACCUUCAGGAAAACCUGGUCCAGAGGGUCUCCGUGGUAUUCCUGGCCCUGUGGGAGAACAAGGUCUACCUGGAGCACCGGGUCAGGACGGACCACCUGGUCCUAUGGGUCCACCUGGCUUGCCUGGACUGAAGGGGGAUCCAGGUUCCAAGGGUGAGAAGGGACAUCCCGGUCUGAUUGGUCUGAUUGGACCUCCAGGAGAACAGGGUGAAAAGGGUGACAGGGGUCUUCCAGGUCCACAAGGGGCUCUCGGAGCCAAGGGCGAUACAGGCAUUCCCGGUCCCGCUGGUCCACUAGGCCCCCCUGGCCCUCCUGGUUUACCUGGUCCUCAAGGUCCAAAGGGUUCCAAAGGAUCCACUGGUCCUGGUGGUCAAAAGGGUGAUGGUGGUUUACCUGGCCCCCCGGGUCCUCCCGGUCCUCCCGGGGAAGUUAUCCAGCCUUUGCCAAUCCAGUCACCCAAAAAGACAAGAAGAUCUCCGGAUUACAUGCUGGCUGAUGCAGCUGAUAACAUCCUGGAUUAUUCUGAUGGCAUGGAGGAAAUAUUUGGUUCACUCAAUUCUCUGAAGCAAGAUAUUGAGCAUAUGAAGUAUCCAAUGGGCACUCAGAACAACCCAGCCCGAACUUGCACAGAUCUACAACUCUGCCACCCAGACUUCCCAGACGGUGAAUAUUGGAUUGAUCCUAAUCAGGGCUGCUCUGGAGACUCCUUCAAAGUGUACUGUAAUUUCACAGCGGGUGGCGAAACUUGCAUCUACCCAGAUCAGAAAUCUGAAGGAGUAAGAAUUUCAUCAUGGCCAAAGGAGAAUCCAGGAGCCUGGUUUAGUGAAUUUAAGAGAGGCAAACUGCUUUCCUAUGUGGAUGUUGAAGGCAAUUCCAUUAAUAUGGUUCAAAUGACAUUCCUUAAACUACUGAGUGCCUCUGCCAGACAAAAUUUCACUUACAACUGUCAUCAGUCAGUAGCUUGGCAUGAUGGGUCAUCUGACAGCUAUGACAAAGCACUGAGGUUCUUAGGAUCAAAUGACGAAGAGAUGUCUUAUGACAACAAUCCUUACAUCAAAGCUCUUCAUGAUGGCUGUGCAUCAAGAAAAGGCUAUGCAAAGACUGUGAUCGAAAUCAGUACACCUAAAAUAGACCAAGUGCCUAUUGUUGAUGUGAUGAUUAAUGACUUUGGUGAUCAGAACCAGAAGUUUGGAUUCGAAGUUGGUCCCGUCUGUUUCCUCGGUUAA